UUACUUAUUAGUCGCGAGGGAAAAGUGAGGUUAUUUGAAUCGUUUACCUGAACUCGUCGAAGAUUUCGGUCGCUGCGACGAGCAUUCGAUUGUUCGGCGCCGUGCGCCUGUUAAAGAGAGCCGAUAAAUUCUCAGUUUAUAAGCUAUGCAGGCUGUCGACGAGGAGCGGGACGAGUCCGCGGAACUUCGUUCGAACGACAGCGAACGAGUCGAGAUCGUACGUACGGAAUUGAGGGAGGCUACCUUGAGCAAGAGGAAGGAGAAUCGCGUGUCCGCCUGGAACAGGAGUCGUACCAAUUUGGGAGAGUGUCCGGAGGUCGAGCCGUUUUCCGUCGAGCACGUCCACGAGAAGGUGAAGCUUCUCAAGAGGAAAAAAAUAACCCUCGUGGAUUACAGAUAUUUGCCCAAUGCUCUCAUUCAAUCGGAGGAGAACAUAAACGCCUUUUUAAAAGUAGAUCAAAGCCUGUCAGGCCUGGUGCGUGAUCUGUCCGGCAAUGAUCCGACUCUUCAAUUAUACGCAGCUAACUGCUGUUGUAAUAUUGCUCUGGGAAAUACAAAAGCAUGCACGGCAUUGGGAAAAGCAGUUGUUCCAUAUCUGGUUGUUAAGCUAGAAAGUUUAAAUUAUGCACUGCUGGAUGUUUGCAUUUGGACAAUCGGUAAUUUAGUUGCAGGAAGCGAUAAGGCUUUCUUUAUCUUGCACGCGCAACACUGUUUGAAGUACCUAAUUUUACUGUUACGCAAUUGUGACGACUCAAUCCUUCCUUCCGUGAUAUAUGCGCUCUUACAUUACGUACACGCGGGAUUUCAUAAGAUAUCAGAAACUGAAAUGUUGGAGCUCAUCCAAGUUAUUGUAAAACGGAAUCUCUUAUACGAAGAUCUGAAUUAUAUUUGGCUGUUAGCUUUAUUGUCUUCUUCGCCGAUAUGCAUUGAAUAUUUGCAUGCUAUUCUGCCACAAGUCGUGUAUUAUCUUUAUUUGACAUUUUCCAAUUCGGAUGGAAUGCUUCAAGUCAGCGAGAUUACAGCAUCCAUACAUAUACUGGCUAAUACAUUACAUAGUUCCUGCAAAGAUACGACAGAUAUUCUUUUAAGGAAUCCAAAGUACUCAAACGAGGAUCUGCAUCUUUUGUUGAAUAAAUUGUUAUCGCAUCCUUAUAUGCAUAUUAGAAGAGAAACUCUAUGGUUAAUAGGGAAUUUGUAUAAUCAUAAUAAAUCAUCCAGUGUUUGUAAAGAUAUAAGGAAUCUUAUACCUUUUUUAUCAGCACUGAAUCAGGCUUUCUCCUCAGUUGAAAAUUCUGUAUAAAUGCAAAUGUGCAUUAAAAUGACAUCUUCUUUAAAGAAAGGUACAAAUUUUCUUAAUGGAUCCGGGGAAGAAUAUCGAUUUCUUCCUAUGUCUUCUAUACACGGCACUUUGACGAUAUUGAAGUAUAUUUG